AGUUAAUUAAUUAAAAUGUCAAGUUUGUCACCAUCCACUGUUGUUGUUUGUGUUUGUAUCACAAUGGAAAUAUAACCUGGUAAAAUAAUAAUUAAUCCAAAAUAUAUAUACAAAAUUAACAAGUGAAUAAUUUGUAAUGAAAUAACAACACAAUUAAUUAAGUAGACUUCGUUCAAUAAUUUAUAAAUAAAGACAUGUUUUCAAAUGGUUUGACCUGCAACUUACCUUUCAGUUGUAUGAGCGUUAGAGACACUGGUUCCGAUGAGCUACUUCCAAGUAAAAUGUCUCGGGAACCUGUGUUAUUAAACGUUUAUGACAUGUACAAAAUUAAUGAAUUUACUAGCAACAUUGGAAUAGGUGUAUUUCAUUCUGGUGUUGAAAUAUAUGGAACAGAAUAUGCAUAUGGAGGGCACCAAUAUUCAUUUACUGGUAUUUUUGAAAAUAUACCAAGAGAUGAAAAAGAAUUAGGAGACCAGUUCAAAUUUAGACAAACAAUUCACAUAGGAUAUACAGAUUUUAAAGAGGGAGAUGUAAAAAUAAUUAUUAAUGAACUGGGAAAUGAAUUUAGAGGCAACAGGUAUCACCUUAUGAACAAUAAUUGCAAUCAUUUUUCUGGAGCCUUUUGUAAAAUAUUAAGCGGAAAUGACAUCCCUCCUUGGAUCAACAGACUGGCAUACUUCAGUAGGUGGGUCCCUUUCUUAGAAAGAUGUCUGCCUAAAGAAUGGCUGAUGCCGAUGGCGUUACAACAUUCACUUAGUUACAGACAAGAUUCAACAUGCUCGGAAGGAUCCACGUCCCCUCUCUAAAUGAUAUUUGACAUAUAUUAUUAUCAUAAAUAAAAAAGGACUAUUGAAAUUCAUAAAAAAAGAAGUUAUGUGUGUCGUUAGUGAAAUUCUCAAACUUUCGGUUGACUUGAGUCAGUUUAUUAUUUUGACUCAUACAGUUUUAUUUUAUUUUAUCAAAGAUGAAUUUUUUUGAUUUUAUAUAUGUUCGCAGGAUAGAUUCUAGAAUUCAAAAUAACUUUAACAUUAACUCAAAUCUAUCGUAAGGUCCAAAAUUUUAAUAAUAAAUCUAUAAAAUUCUACUGUUCAAUAAUUUUAAUGCAGCUUGUUGGUAGCGAUAUACAUUUUAUUAAACUUUACUUAACACUCUAAGCAAUUUUGGAUCGUAUACAAUCUGUCCUGCCAUUUUUAUGCAAAUGGUAAAUUAAUGGUGGUUUUUUGUUUAUCAUUUACUAGACGGUCAUUGAUAUUAGACUAGCGCUGUAUGUGUUGACACAUUUUGUUGAUGUAUUAAUGCAUUUAUUUUAUUUAAAACUGUAUUCAACAAAUCUAGUGCCAACUAAAGAGUCUACAUUAUGUUUAUCUCUGCCUUGCUUGAUUGCCACAUAUAUAAAACACCGUGAGUUGCUUCAUUUUAACGAAUCUAUUACACUUUUCCCAAAUAGUAAUUAAAUGUCGGAUUAGACGGGAAUCGCGUCUAUCUACUGCAACAAUAGGAGUAUGCAAUUGAGAUAUGCAUUGAAUAUUCAUCAGAGGAAAAGUGUAAUAGGCCCAUAAACAUGAAGCGACUCACAAAGUUUUAAAUAUAUAAUAAGUUAAGCAGGGGAGGACAUAAUGUAGAAUAAAAAUCGUGUCUUAUUUAAAAAUGUCAUCCGAACGUUAAAAAAGUGCAAGAAAUUCAUAAAAAGCAAUGUUUUCAAUAUAAAAAAUGACAAUGUGAAUCGUUUAAAUUGUACUGGGGUACAAUUUAAACAUUGGAAUGUUGCAGGAUUUACCAGAUGGACAACCCUAUUUUAACAUUUAGAAUUUUAAAGACACAAAAACGUUACAUUUUCGAGAUAUAUCGCAACUAGAAUGAAGCGAUCAGUUUUUCUUGCAAACCAGACGCGUACGUCGUUGUCAAAGUACAACAUAGUUUGAAGAAAAGCAUUAGACACUGCCGAAUUUCUGCGAUUGACUAAAAUUUGUGUGUAAAUCUAAAGUUGAAAUUAUUUUUUAAUUAAUUCGUUCAUACGAUGUUCAAAUAAACGCCUUUGGAACUGAAUAAAAAAUAAAUAUUUAUAUAAUUGGGCCUAAUUUGAAUGUUGCUUAGUAUUUAUUGAAUUUUUAUGUAUAUAAAAGUCUAGUCUUAACAUUUUCACAUUGUAGUUUCGCAA